AGGUGCCUGUCCCUUUGUUUUUAAAAUGUUGAUUGUAACCCACUAAAUUUAUUUCUUAGUAUUUUGCUUGGUGGUUGCCCAUAGUUUGAAAAACACUAGUCUAGUACAUAAUAAUUUACAGAGUCAUUUCAGAUACUUUUAGUCUUCACAGCAAUCCCAUGACCUUUUUAUUUUUCCAGAUGAGGAGGCUCAGAGACAUUAAGUGACUUGUUCAAGUUUGCACUGCGAGCAUUUGGCAGAGUCAGAAUUUGAUCUUGAGUCCUAGAUUUUGACUCUAGUUCCACCUCUGCACCUCUGGUUACAUCUGACCCAAACUACUUUUGUUUUCCUUUCUUUUCGCACUCCCCUUCCCUACACCCAAUUGUAGGGAAUAAUACUAGUUUAGACUACAUAAUUGGGCAAAUCCAGCUUUCCCAGUUAACAUGUCUGCACAGUCCCCAAUCCUGUCACUUGUCAUUCAAGGUCAUCCCUUAGAAGUUCUGGAUUUCUUCUCCACCAUAGACCAGUGGUUCUCAAGCCUGGAUAUAUAUCAGUGUCAAUCAACUGUGGAACUCUAUUCUGAUGUCUGGGCCUCCAGCAGUGAUUCUGAUUCUGUCAAUCUGGGGUGGAGUUUAAACAUCCAUGUUUUUAAAAAGCUUCACAGGCCUGAAACUAAUGUAACAUUGUGUGUCAAUCAUAUCCAAAUAAAAAACAACUUUUUAAUUUAAAUAAAUAAGUAGCUCCACAGAUGAUUGUUAUAAUGAAAGUUGAGAGUUUUUACCCUGGAUACAUUUAAGUCUGUGGCAUAGAAGGAAAACCCAGGAUUUGGGAAGUAAGUAGAGACUCCUUGGUCCCUUAGAGGUUUAGCAACUUAAUUUAAUGAGAGAUCCGUCCUCUUCCUGGCUUCCAACUUUGUGCAUGGGUAUAAACCAUUUGUAAACAUAAUCAGAGCCUAACUGAGUUGUAGGGAGUCUAGUGGUUCUCUUCUUCCCAACUGCCUCUUUUUUGAUGAAAUGUUGGAAAUCAUAAGGUUGGAAUGUGCUCAUCGAAGUAUGCAAUUGGAAAAGGCCCCUUGUGAAAUGUUCUUUUUGGAGGUGGAUAUCUGCUCAGACAGUAAGAAUUAUAAGAGCUCUGAGAGCUCAUUUUGAAGGAAUAAUGGAUGAACCAUCCCCCUUGGCCAAACCUCUGGAGCUGAACCAGCAUUCUCGGUUCAUAAUUGGUUCUGUAUCUGAAGAUAACUCAGAGGAUGAAAUCAGCAACCUGGUGAAGCUGGACCUACUGGAGGAGAAGGAAGGCUCUCUGUCACCAGCUUCUGUUGGCUCAGAUACGCUCUCUGAUUUGGGGAUUUCCAGCCUACAGGAUGGCUUGGCCUUGCACAUGAGGUCCAGCAUGUCUGGCUUGCAUCUAGUAAAGCAAGGUCGAGACCGAAAGAAAAUAGACUCACAGCGAGAUUUCACUGUAGCUUCACCAGCAGAAUUUGUUACGCGUUUUGGGGGGAAUAAAGUGAUUGAGAAGGUUCUUAUUGCCAACAAUGGCAUCGCAGCAGUGAAAUGCAUGCGGUCCAUCCGCCGAUGGUCUUAUGAGAUGUUUCGAAAUGAACGUGCAAUCCGAUUUGUUGUUAUGGUCACACCUGAAGACCUGAAAGCCAAUGCAGAAUACAUUAAGAUGGCAGAUCACUAUGUGCCGGUGCCAGGAGGACCAAACAACAACAACUAUGCAAACGUGGAAUUAAUUCUUGAUAUUGCUAAAAGGAUCCCAGUACAAGCAGUGUGGGCUGGCUGGGGUCAUGCUUCUGAGAAUCCCAAGCUCCCAGAACUUCUUUUGAAAAAUGGCAUCGCCUUCAUGGGUCCUCCAAGCCAGGCCAUGUGGGCUUUGGGGGAUAAGAUUGCAUCUUCCAUAGUGGCUCAAACUGCUGGUAUCCCAACUCUUCCCUGGAGUGGGAGUGGUCUUCGUGUGGACUGGCAGGAAAAUGAUUUUUCAAAACGUAUCUUAAAUGUUCCCCAGGAAUUAUAUCAAAAAGGUUAUGUGAAGGAUGUGGAUGAUGGGCUGAAGGCAGCAGAGGAAGUUGGAUAUCCAGUAAUGAUCAAGGCCUCAGAAGGAGGAGGAGGGAAAGGAAUCAGAAAAGUUAACAAUGCAGAUGACUUCCCUAACCUCUUCAGACAGGUUCAAGCUGAAGUCCCUGGAUCUCCUAUAUUUGUGAUGAGACUAGCCAAACAAUCCCGUCAUCUGGAGGUACAGAUUUUAGCAGAUCAGUACGGCAAUGCUAUCUCUCUGUUUGGUCGUGACUGCUCUGUGCAGCGCAGGCAUCAGAAGAUUAUUGAAGAAGCACCAGCUGCUAUUGCUACUCCAGCAGUAUUCGAACAUAUGGAACAGUGUGCGGUGAAACUUGCCAAAAUGGUUGGUUAUGUGAGUGCAGGGACUGUCGAAUACCUCUACAGCCAGGAUGGAAGCUUCUACUUUCUGGAACUGAACCCUCGGCUACAGGUGGAGCACCCUUGUACAGAGAUGGUGGCUGAUGUCAACCUCCCUGCAGCGCAACUCCAGAUUGCCAUGGGGAUCCCUCUGUAUAGAAUCAAGGAUAUUCGUAUGAUGUAUGGAGUAUCUCCCUGGGGUGAUGCUCCCAUUGAUUUUGAAAAUUCUGCUCAUGUUCCUUGCCCAAGGGGCCAUGUUAUUGCUGCUCGGAUCACUAGUGAAAAUCCAGAUGAGGGUUUUAAGCCCAGCUCAGGAACAGUUCAGGAACUGAAUUUCCGUAGCAAUAAGAAUGUUUGGGGUUAUUUCAGUGUUGCUGCUGCAGGGGGCCUUCACGAAUUUGCUGAUUCUCAGUUUGGUCACUGCUUCUCCUGGGGAGAAAACAGAGAGGAAGCAAUUUCAAACAUGGUGGUGGCUUUGAAGGAGCUAUCUAUUCGGGGUGACUUUCGAACUACAGUUGAAUACCUCAUCAAAUUGCUGGAGACUGAGAGUUUUCAGCUGAAUAGAAUUGACACUGGCUGGCUAGACAGACUGAUAGCAGAAAAAGUACAGGCAGAGCGACCUGAUACCAUGUUGGGAGUUGUGUGUGGGGCUCUCCACGUGGCAGAUGUGAGCCUACGGAAUAGCAUUUCUAACUUCCUUCAUUCCUUAGAAAGGGGUCAAGUUCUUCCUGCUCAUACGCUUCUGAAUACAGUAGAUGUUGAACUUAUCUAUGAGGGAGUCAAAUAUGUACUUAAGGUGACUCGACAGUCCCCCAACUCGUAUGUGGUGAUCAUGAACGGCUCAUGCGUAGAAGUAGAUGUGCAUCGGCUGAGUGAUGGAGGGCUGCUCCUGUCCUAUGAUGGCAGCAGUUAUACCACAUACAUGAAGGAGGAAGUGGAUAGAUAUCGUAUCACAAUUGGCAAUAAGACCUGUGUGUUUGAGAAGGAAAAUGACCCUUCAGUGAUGCGCUCACCUUCUGCUGGGAAGUUAAUCCAGUAUAUUGUGGAGGAUGGAGGCCAUGUGUUUGCUGGCCAGUGCUAUGCUGAGAUUGAGGUGAUGAAGAUGGUAAUGACCUUAACAGCAGCAGAGUCUGGCUGUAUCCAUUAUGUCAAACGGCCUGGAGCAGCUCUUGACCCUGGCUGUGUGAUAGCAAAAAUGCAGUUAGACAACCCCAGCAAGGUCCAACAGGCUGAGCUUCACACGGGUAGUCUGCCACGGAUCCAGAGCACAGCACUGAGAGGCGAGAAGCUCCAUCGAGUGUUCCAUUAUGUCCUGGAUAAUCUGGUCAACGUAAUGAAUGGAUACUGCCUUCCAGAUCCUUUUUUUAGUAGCAGGGUAAAAGACUGGGUAGAGCGGUUGAUGAAGACCCUCAGAGAUCCCUCCUUGCCUCUCCUAGAAUUGCAAGAUAUCAUGACCAGUGUCUCUGGCCGUAUUCCCCCGAAUGUGGAGAAGUCUAUCAAGAAGGAAAUGGCUCAGUAUGCCAGCAACAUCACAUCAGUCCUCUGUCAGUUUCCCAGCCAGCAGAUUGCCAACAUCCUAGAUAGCCAUGCAGCUACAUUGAACCGGAAAUCUGAACGGGAAGUUUUCUUCAUGAACACUCAGAGCAUUGUCCAGCUGGUACAGAGGUACCGAAGUGGCAUCCGAGGCCACAUGAAGGCUGUUGUGAUGGAUCUGCUACGGCAGUACCUGCGAGUAGAGACACAGUUCCAGAAUGGUCACUAUGACAAAUGUGUGUUUGCCCUUCGAGAAGAGAACAAGAGUGACAUGAAUACUGUCCUAAACUAUAUCUUCUCUCAUGCUCAAGUCACCAAGAAGAAUCUUCUGGUCACAAUGCUUAUUGAUCAGUUGUGUGGUCGGGACCCUACUCUCACUGAUGAGCUGCUGAAUAUCCUCACAGAGCUAACUCAACUCAGUAAGACCACCAAUGCCAAAGUGGCACUUCGAGCACGCCAGGUUCUUAUUGCCUCCCAUUUGCCAUCAUAUGAGCUUCGCCAUAACCAAGUAGAGUCUAUCUUCCUUUCAGCUAUUGACAUGUAUGGACAUCAGUUUUGCAUUGAGAACCUGCAGAAACUCAUCUUGUCUGAAACAUCUAUUUUUGAUGUCCUGCCAAACUUCUUCUAUCACAGCAACCAGGUAGUGAGGAUGGCAGCUCUGGAGGUUUAUGUUCGAAGGGCUUACAUUGCCUAUGAACUUAACAGCGUCCAACAUCGCCAGCUUAAGGACAAUACCUGCGUGGUGGAAUUCCAGUUCAUGCUGCCCACAUCACAUCCAAACAGAGGGAACAUCCCCACGCUAAACAGAAUGUCCUUCUCCUCCAACCUCAACCACUAUGGCAUGACUCAUGUAGCUAGUGUCAGCGAUGUGCUGUUGGACAACUCAUUCACUCCACCGUGUCAGCGGAUGGGCGGAAUGGUCUCUUUUCGGACUUUCGAAGAUUUUGUCAGGAUCUUUGAUGAAGUGAUGGGCUGCUUCUGUGACUCCCCACCCCAAAGCCCCACGUUCCCUGAGGCAGGUCACACAUCUCUGUAUGAUGAAGACAAGUUACAGGUCCCCAGGGAUGAACCAAUUCACAUUCUGAAUGUGGCUAUCAAGACUGACUGUGAUAUUGAGGAUGACAGACUGGCAGCUAUGUUCAGAGAGUUUACCCAACAAAAUAAAGCUACCCUGGUUGAGCAUGGGAUACGGCGCCUUACUUUCCUGGUCGCACAAAAGGAUUUCAGAAAACAGGUCAACUAUGAGGUGGAUCAGAGAUUUCAUAGAGAAUUUCCUAAAUUUUUCACGUUCCGAGCAAGGGAUAAGUUUGAGGAGGAUCGUAUCUAUCGUCACCUGGAGCCUGCCCUAGCUUUCCAGUUAGAACUGAACCGGAUGAGAAAUUUUGACCUUACUGCCAUUCCAUGUGCUAAUCAUAAGAUGCACCUGUAUCUUGGGGCAGCCAAGGUGGAAGUGGGCACUGAAGUGACAGACUAUAGGUUCUUUGUUCGUGCAAUCAUCAGACAUUCUGAUCUGGUCACCAAGGAAGCUUCUUUUGAAUAUCUACAAAAUGAAGGGGAGCGGCUGCUCCUGGAGGCCAUGGAUGAAUUGGAAGUUGCUUUUAAUAAUACAAAUGUUCGCACUGACUGCAACCACAUCUUCCUCAACUUUGUGCCCACAGUCAUUAUGGACCCAUCAAAGAUUGAGGAAUCUGUGCGGAGCAUGGUAAUGCGCUAUGGAAGUCGGCUGUGGAAAUUACGUGUCCUCCAGGCAGAACUGAAAAUCAACAUUCGCCUGACACCAACUGGAAAAGCAAUUCCCAUCCGCCUCUUCCUGACAAAUGAGUCCGGCUAUUACUUGGACAUCAGCUUGUACAAGGAAGUGACUGACUCCAGGACAGCACAGAUCAUGUUUCAGGCAUAUGGAGACAAACAGGGACCAUUGCAUGGAAUGUUAAUCAACACUCCAUAUGUCACCAAAGACCUACUUCAAUCAAAGAGAUUCCAGGCACAAUCCUUGGGGACAACCUACAUAUAUGAUAUCCCAGAGAUGUUUCGGCAGUCUCUGAUCAAACUCUGGGAGUCUAUGUCCACUCAAGCAUUCCUUCCAUCACCCCCCCUGCCUUCUGACAUGCUGACGUAUACUGAGCUUGUGUUGGAUGAUCAGGGUCAGCUGGUCCACAUGAACAGGCUUCCAGGAGGAAAUGAGAUUGGCAUGGUAGCUUGGAAAAUGACCCUUAAAAGUCCUGAAUAUCCAGAAGGCCGAGAUAUCAUUGUUAUUGGCAAUGACAUCACAUACCUAAUUGGGUCCUUUGGGCCCCAGGAGGAUUUGCUGUUUCUCAGAGCUUCUGAGCUUGCCAGGGCAGAGGGUAUCCCACGCAUCUUUGUAGCAGCCAACAGCGGAGCACGAAUUGGACUGGCAGAGGAAAUUCGUCAUAUGUUUCACGUGGCCUGGGUAGAUCCUGAGGAUCCUUACAAGGGAUACAAAUACUUAUAUCUGACCCCUCAGGAUUAUAAGAGGGUCAGUGCUCUCAACUCUGUCCACUGUGAACAUGUAGAAGAUGAAGGAGAAUCCAGGUACAAGAUAACUGAUAUUAUUGGGAAGGAAGAGGGACUUGGAGCAGAGAACCUUCGAGGCUCUGGAAUGAUUGCUGGAGAAUCCUCAUUGGCCUAUAAUGAGAUUAUCACCAUCAGCUUGGUUACAUGCCGGGCUAUUGGGAUCGGAGCUUACCUUGUCCGGCUGGGACAGAGAACCAUCCAGGUUGAAAAUUCUCACUUAAUUCUGACCGGAGCUGGAGCUCUCAACAAAGUCCUUGGGCGGGAAGUAUACACCUCCAAUAACCAGCUUGGGGGCAUCCAGAUCAUGCACAACAAUGGGGUGACCCACAGCAUCGUUUGUGAUGACUUUGAAGGGGUUUUCACUGUCCUACACUGGCUGUCUUACAUGCCUAAGAAUGUGCACAGUUUAGUACCUCUCCUGAACUCCAAGGAUCCUAUAGAUAGAAUCAUCGAAUUUGUUCCUACGAAGGCCCCCUAUGAUCCUCGAUGGAUGCUAGCAGGCCGUCCUCACCCAACCCAGAAAGGUCAGUGGUUGAGUGGAUUCUUUGACUAUGGAUCUUUCUCUGAAAUCAUGCAACCCUGGGCACAGACUGUGGUGGUUGGCAGAGCCAGGCUAGGAGGAAUACCUGUAGGAGUAGUUGCUGUAGAAACCCGAACAGUGGAACUAAGUAUCCCAGCCGACCCUGCAAACCUGGAUUCUGAAGCCAAGAUAAUCCAGCAGGCUGGCCAGGUUUGGUUUCCAGAUUCUGCAUUUAAGACCUAUCAGGCUAUCAAGGACUUCAACCGCGAAGGGCUGCCUCUGAUGGUCUUUGCCAACUGGAGAGGCUUCUCCGGUGGGAUGAAAGAUAUGUACGACCAGGUGCUGAAGUUUGGUGCUUACAUCGUGGAUAGCUUACGGGAGUGUUCCCAGCCUGUGCUGGUUUACAUUCCUCCUCAAGCUGAGCUCCGGGGUGGCUCCUGGGUUGUGAUUGACCCCACCAUCAACCCCCGGCACAUGGAGAUGUACGCUGACCGAGAAAGCAGGGGAUCAGUUCUGGAGCCAGAAGGGACAGUAGAAAUCAAAUUCCGCAGAAAAGAUCUGGUGAAAACCAUGCGUCGGGUGGACCCAGUCUACAUUCGCUUGGCUGAACGAUUGGGCACCCCAGAGCUAAGCGCAGCUGAGCGGAAGGAGCUGGAGAACAAGUUGAAGGAGCGGGAGGAAUUCCUAAUUCCCAUUUACCAUCAGGUAGCCGUGCAGUUUGCUGACUUGCACGACACACCAGGCCGGAUGCAGGAGAAGGGUGUUAUUAACGACAUCCUGGAUUGGAAAACAUCCCGUACCUUCUUCUACUGGCGGCUGAGGCGUCUCCUGCUGGAGGACUUGGUCAAAAAGAAAAUCCACAAUGCCAACCCAGAGCUCACUGACGGUCAGAUCCAGGCCAUGUUAAGGCGCUGGUUUGUAGAAGUGGAAGGAACCGUGAAGGCCUAUGUUUGGGACAAUAACAAGGAUCUAGUGGAGUGGCUGGAGAAACAGCUGACCGAGGAAGAUGGUGUUCGCUCAGUAAUCGAGGAAAACAUCAAAUACAUCAGCAGAGAUUAUGUCCUCAAGCAGAUCCGCAGCUUGGUACAGGCCAAUCCCGAGGUUGCCAUGGAUUCCAUCGUCCAUAUGACCCAGCACAUCUCACCCACUCAGCGAGCAGAAGUUGUACGGAUCCUCUCCACGAUGGACUCCCCUUCAACAUAGAAAGAGCUUCCUGCCCAUCCCUGCCCUGCCUCUGGAGAAAAGGGCUAGAGCUGCCUCUUACACCUGAAACCACUCUGAUGAGAAGGCACAGGAGACCCAGCACUGGAAUCAAAGUGGCAUUUUGCUUCCCCUUGAACGUUUUCAGGUUAUGCAUGACAUACUGGGACAUAGGGUCACAAAGUCCCCACUGGUCACACCCAUCCCGUUCAGUAUUUAUUACCCUGUCUGUGACUACAGCUCUUUCUCCCUGCAAGGACCCAAGAAGGCAAUGAAGGGUACAAGCAUGUACCAUGAGGUCUCACUACACAAAGCAGGGCUGCUGCUCCUGUCCAUACAGCUACUUGGUCCCAGCCCAGGGAGGUACUUAGCAGCCCUUCCUCACCCCUGGCCCCAUGAGCCUGCAGCCACGGGCAGCAGAGGAGGGCUAGAGUGAGGAGGAAGCCUCGAGUCCACGUUUUUUUUUACCCCCACAUUCAGCCUGGUACGCACUAGGUACAGGAGAAGAAUAGUUCCCAACUUAAUCACACCAAGGUACCUAUUUAUCCUUCAUGGAGUAUGAAAUCUGCAAGCUCCAUAGGAACUCGAAGAUGAGGGCAAAACCACGAUCCAAGAAGCAGAGAAAAAAAGGUAGACCAAGUCACUGCUGUUGAUUUAGGGACCUCAACUGUGGGUUUGAUUCUCUUAGAACAAACAGAAGGACAGUUGGCCUACCACUACCUUGCCUGUCACUGCUCAGUUCUCUGCUGCACCUGCUGGGAGCUGCACAGACAGCGCGAGAGCCGGAGCUGGCAGAAGAAGAGCUGGGGGAGUGACCCUUUCUGUCACUACUGGAAAGUUAGUUACUCAUGCCACAGGGAGAAUGGGCUGGAUAGUCUCUCAUUUUAGGACUUACAAGGUUAUUACUAUUAAGCCUGGAGCUUUGAUAGUUAUAAAAGGUUAAUAGUGCCUACAGAGUCACUCAGCUCUUUUUCCAGGGCAACUCUCCCAGCAGCGGACGUUCCUACUUCCUUUGGGUCUUGUCUCUCCCUGGAAUGUCCACAAGCAGCAGGUAUAGCCAGUCUCCCCACAGCUGCUGAAAGGAACCCUGGUGACAUCUCUGUUCUGAGCACCAGGAACUGGCCUUCCCCGGUGUGAGCAGGCUUCCAGGGAACACGGAAUCCACAUGACCUUAAGAUUACCUACAACUCCGUCAUGGUGCUGCUGUCUUCCAGGCUCACCGGUCCCUCCCUGGCCAGCGGCAGGGGCCUCCUCACCAAUGGUAGAGAGAGUUUAUUUUCAACAACCUGUUUAUUCAAAGAAAGAGUUUACUGAUUCCCCCGUUGGUGUUCCUAAAGCAAGAGUGGCAGGUGAUCAGGGCUGGUGUAGCAUGUAGUUCUUACAGUGCAGCUAAUUGCAUUUGUCACUGAUGACCAAGGAGGAAAUAAAUCACUAAGAUGUUUUGGAAGCGGUGGUAUGAAUACUUUCAUACAAGCUACAGUUUUGAGCCUUAACCCUACAGUACACGCACAAGAAAGAGCCCCCUUCUUCAGGAACUGCUUGUGCACAUGGGCACUGUGUAGCUGGAUACAUUACUGACUGCCCUCUGGAACUCGGAGCUUCAGCCAGGCUGCCCUGAUGCAAGGUGCAGGUGUUGAGCAUCAUCAAAGAGGGCAGAAGAAGGUGAGGAACAAUGUUCGGUCCAGAUAGAAGCAUCCACUGUGGCUGGUAUCCGCUUAAGUAAAAACUGGAUUCAUCUUGGACCAGAUUAUACUUUUCUGCAAUUAGUAAAAUCUACCUGUAGGUGGUACAAACUCCCUGCACACCCCAGCUGGCCUGUGCUUGCCCUGGCUUUUCUUCAGAGGCAGGGUGGGUUAUAUUUGUGUUACCAAUCCCCCUUCACCAAAUUAUUCAGUAAGUGAAUAUGGUUCCUCUCUAAAAGUCUGUGAUGCCUACUCCCCCAUCCCCAGAGCACCUCACUGUAGGUCUUACCCCAGACAGGAAUUUUUCAUGCAGAGAAGUCAGGAAGAGCCAUAGAACGUGAGCAAUCUGAUAUCCCCCAGUCCAUUAUUUAGGCAAGGUUACUGAGCUAGGAGGAGUAUAAACAAUGUAUUGAACAAGACUUGCUUGAGCCGAGAUCGCCAUAUUCACUUCAUUCACAAAGCAGCCUUCACUUGUCUCGUUGAGCAUUCAAUGGACACAUACCCUGAUGAGCAAGGAGCAUCAGUCAAAUGUAUUCUUUCCACGUUUUGUUGAAAUAAACCUCCACAUUUGUAGAAGA